AGCACCAAGCCAUGUCACUUGGGAGAUAAUUAGCGGGCUAUAAAAAUGUGGGCGUACUAAUCUACCAGUCAAAUAAAUGUGUAGAUACGUCAUUGGCCAGUACCAGAUCACAUUUUUAUAGACUGGAAUAUUCUAGAAAUUUUUAGAAGCUGGCGUAGGACCAGUUCUUGACAACAACUUUCUUUAAUAAUUUUUUUAAGAUGUUGGAAGCUAUCAAGUGCAGAUGGAGUUUCUACAUAUUCCUGGUGAUUUCAUUCGCUGUACUUCACGGAGAACCUUCACGGGACCCGCCAGCAAACGGCAGGAAGGAAGAGCUGAAAAAGUUAUUGUUCGGGUGCGCAGACGACUUGAACUUUGGCCGAGACUUGAGCCGAGUGGCCAGCCGCUGUUUGGCCAAGCUGAGACAGGGGCUGGAGGAACAGGCAGGGCUCUAUGAGGAUUCGAAUGAGCAUUGGUCGAUACGGGCAUAUAGGGCAUAUCUCCAUGACAACGAUAGAAUGUAUUUUAGGAGCCUAUCGUAUUUUUCGGAGAGAAGUAAACAGAGGAAGUGUCACGUGACUCAGGUAGAACUGCUCGUGCCUGUUGUCCAAUCCCCGAAGGUUAAAGAAAAUUGGAUCUCCAUUCAAGUUGACGGAAAAAUGCUAAAAUAUACCAGCCGCAGCAACGACACUAGCGACGUCAUUUCCUUUAGUCACGUGCUCACCUUUGACCUCCCUGGAUUACACGCGGACAACAUCCAUGACGUCAACAUCACCAUGAGCUCCCCUUCAUUUGAGCUCCGGCUUAUACAAUCUCUAGAGCAGAAACAUUGUCGGCUGGUCAAGAAUGAAGCGGAAAAAACAGCUAGCUGCCCCGCGGAUAUACCCGAACCUGAACCAGACGAGGUUCCGAAGAAGGACACAAAGGACGAAGUUAUCCCCCUUAGCGAUGAUGCAAGAGAAAGGGUUCGUCUAAUAUCUCAACUCAUCAAGGCGGCGGCCGAGAAAUCGCUGAAACGCCGCAAAGACCACGACGAUUUCAAAUACCGGGAUGAUAAAAACACGCAGCCCACGCUAAAAAUAAACGAACCAAACAACGCAUGCAGCGUAACGCCAGGAUCGGAAAUUCCCCAACAUUGCCUGUGUAAAAGAGAGAGGCUGUACGUCAAAAUGCCAAACGACGUAAUCGCACCAAAAGCUAUUGACGUCGGCUACUGUAAGGGCGCGUGUGACCACGUGACCAAGUUUUACCAGAUGGACGGGAACAUUACGGGUCACGCUGUUCUGUUGAACAAGCAGAAGAAGCUGACCAAAUGCGCGCCGCACAGGAUGGCAGAUAUGAAGCUUCAGGUGCUCAACACGAGCCGAAUGAGCGCCCUUGAUGAUGUCAUUCUCAAGGACGUCACAGUCAAAACGUGUCGUUGUACUUAAACACUGGAUCGUAAGGGACGUCAUGCUUCAUAAUCCUGGGACGUCUCUUUUUAAUGAUAUGGGACGUCUCUUUAAACGUCUUAUUUCAUAAUCUUGGAAGUUCUAAUUUUAUUGGCGGAGGACGUCACAUUUAUAGGACACAGGACGUCUUAUUUAAUGAACCAAUUAUUCUGGCUAAAGCUCUCUGGACAAAAAUCUCUUGACAUAAACCCGCUGAGCACAUACCCAAAACUUGGACUAAAACCCUUUGCAUAUGAACCCCCAUUUGGGGUUAGUACAAGGAAAGUUUUGAUGAAAAACUUCUACGAAAACAAAAUGUUCGUUAUUUGAAUGUUUAUGUUAUUUAAUUCUAUAUUUAAUUAUUAUUUAUUGUUUAUUUUAUUUUACAUAAAUAUAUAUUAUUUGGAUAAAUUUACGUACAUUAUUUACUCAUUUACAUUAAACUAAAUUGAAAAAUGUCGAGAAAACUAUUUCUGCUUUAAAGAACGCAGAUUUCUGCCGCGUAAUGAAUUAUUGUGUGCCCUAUUUGCUGCUCUUGUUUGAUACAACAUGUGUUCAUGGAGCAAGAUA